AUGAAGAAUGAGAAUCGUCUAGAAAUUAUGAAUGAAGAAUCCCGAAAGUUUUUGAAAGAAUUGUCAUUUAUUCCUGAAGAUUAUCCACAUAGACCCCCGUUAGUAUUUUUAGAUACACCUGCUGAAUUUUUUCCGGUUAUUGAGAAUAUAUCAAACGAAUUCGUAGUAGAUGAUCAGAAAUUUGAACAGGGUGAGGAAUUUAUUUGCUUUUUUGUGAGAAAAAAAACCAAAGUAGAUGAACAAAUAAAAAAAUUAUCACAAAAACCUAUGGCUGAAAAUGGUUUAUUAGUAUUUCUUUAUCCAAAACUGACAUCAUCCGCCUACAAAGAAGACGUAUCCAAUGAAGAGCUGUAUGCUGGAUUGAUAUCAGCUAAUUGGAAACAAAAUACAAAAGUCAAUUUAAGUCCUCAUAACUGGGAAGGCAAAUCAUUUCGCUUGGCCGAUAGAAUUGAAACAGUACAUUAUAAUCAUGUAUAUACAAAUGAAAGAAACGUUAAAGCUGCAGAAAAACUUCAUCAGACAAACAAAUCCGUAGUAUAUCAAAGGACAUCACCUGCUAACGAUCCAAAAGAUUCUAGAUCAGAACCAAAAUCGCCAAUGAAAAAAUCUGUAUUUGUUGCAAAAAAGGUCGCGAAAAGAAAAUAA